AUGUCUACCAAGUCAUCGUCGCUCCUUGUCAAGGCUCAGUUGAUUCCCCUCGUAGCCCUGGCCGGCUACCUCGUCUUUGCCUUGAGCCUCUUGCACCCGGGUCUUCAGAGGCACUUCAUCUUCCUCCACCGUCUCAACUACCCCUUCAGCCCCGACUUCAAUGCUCCAGAAAAGUACGGCAUCGCACCAGGCAAGGCUCGCAACCUCCGCCUGACGACGUCCGACGGCGUAUCUAUCGGAGCAUGGCAUAUCCUCCCCGACGCCUACCAUCGUGCCCACCAGCCGUCUCCCCUCUCCAACAGCUCCCCCAUCUCAGAGGGCGACUACGACCAAGCGAUCAAGGAGAGACCUACUGUCAUCUACCUGCACGGCAACGCAGCCAACAGAGCUGCUCCCUUUCGCACAGCAUCGUACGCUCAAUUCACGGCUCGACUCCAGGCCAAUGUCCUCGCCAUCGACUACAGAGGAUUUGGCGACUCGGAGGGCCGUCCCUCGGAGGAAGGUCUAAUACUCGAUGCUCAGGCGGCUUGGGACUGGGUACAGGCUAGGCGAGGCGACCAAGACGUCCUGGUAGUGGGCCAGAGCUUGGGAACAGGCGUAGGCUCACGCAUCGUCGAGCGUCUGACCAAGGCUGGGCAACCCCCACAGGCACUCGUCCUCAUUGCACCUUACCUCUCUCUGAGAAGACUGGUGGCAGAGUAUCGAAUCGGCGGCAUCAUCCCCAUCCUGGCGCCUGCCCUCUACAUUCCCUUUGCCAAUCAGCUGCUGGAUUGGGGUCUCAAGACGACGUUUGCUUCCGAUCGCGCUCUGCCUUCCCUCUACGCUACGCUCAGCGCUUCCUCCAAGCACGGGUCUCCUCAGCAAUGGCCUCACCUCAUCAUCUCACACGCAACGGAUGACGAGGUGAUUCCGUACAGUCAUGGGGAGCUCCUCUUCGACACUAUCCUCAGGUCGGACGUGGGGCGGCGGGUCAAGACGACGACGAUCAAUGGGUGGGCUCGUAUCGAGCAAUUUCAAGUGGGGGGCGUUGGACCUAGCGUGACUCUGGUCAGGACCGAGAGCGGUGGACACAAUACGGUGGGAGAGGGGAUUGUGGACAUUGUUCGAGACGUCGUGGGACUAGACAGCGCUAGCAAGCAGGAGUGAGAGAGAACGUGGAUCGUAUCUUUCGUACGGAAAGAUUGGGGCUCGCACGCACGCAAGCACGCUUUGACUAGAAUAGAGAUUGAUGUUUUCAGAGCGUCGAUGAUGCGAUCAUGCGAGGCUGUAGGACGCAUCGCAUCUCUAUCGCAAUGUACCGGAAGCGCCUAAAC